GCUGAAGGCAAGGAGCAAAGGGAGGUCCAAAGCAGCUGAUGAUUUAGAAACUUGUGAGAAAUUGAAGCAUGAACAGGAUGGUGCCAAACUCCUUAAGACGGAAGAGGACUGUGCAGCCGACCAUAAGGGAAUGAGGACUAGUCAAUGUCUACAAACAGACAAAGAUGCUGAUGCCAUGAAGACUUCAGAACUGGCAGGAAAUAAGAUCCAAGCAGAUGAAGGAAGGCAGGAUAAUCCAGAGUGCGAAGCCAAAGCCGGUGUUGAGGACGUGCUCGGGAUUCAGAACAAAGGAGAACAGAAGUCUGAAGAGGUUCCAAAGGGAAAUCCAGGAGAAACAUUUGAGGCUGAACAGAGGUCUAAGUCUUCCUACAAUCCUUCAGAGGAAAACAUAAAGAAAUGCCAUAAAGAAAUUGAAUCAUUACUUAGAAGACUUCACCUCCAGGACCAACAUCCAAAUAUGCUGUCAUCAGAGGACUUUGUUAAAGUAGGCCCUCCUGUAAAACAGACUGAGAUUUUUGAAAAAGAUAAAGUUUGCAUGUUUUUUCAGAGGUUAUUGAUGUUAGAUUAUAGAGCUAGAUACAUACACAUACAGCAAAAGAACUCCAAUGUGAAAACCUUACAGAUCGUCUCAAAUUCUGGGAGUGCUUCCACAGAUGAAAAUGAUUUAGCAGCUCUUUUCAAAUCAAAUGUAGACUUAAACCAUUCAAAAGAAAAUCAUGUACAUCCAAUGGAUGUUCAAAUGGCAGCAUUUCGCUGCUCAGAUGGCUUCCUUAAACAGAAAAUGAUUACCAAGCUGUCACAGUGUCAGUAUGCCUUGCCAUUGCUUAUCCCUGAUCCUGUCACAACAAAUAUUGAGUGUCCGCUGUGGACGUUCAGACAAAUAACAAAAACAUGGAAAAUAGCUACAACAAAAGACAAUAAAACCACUGUCACAAUGAAAAGCAUGCCAAUCUACAAAGCUGAGAUUCCCAUGGUUUCAUUUUUCCGACUGGGCUCCAUUGCUGACAACGACUCAAGUGCAGUUCAGAUAAAACCAUAUAAAUACAAACUGGGUCUGAAAGAAAGAAGCCAGUCGGAUGUUUCUGAAGAACUGAAAGAGAUUAUAAGAGCCAUUUUGUCCGGACCUCACUCAGUCUUUCAAAUUGAAACUUUGGCCAACGACCCCAGAGUCAAGGUGGAUGAAGACGCAGAGGGGCACAUUGAGAAAGAAAAAGGUCUGAAAAAUCUGCAGUUGAUGAGGCUUCGACAGGAGCAGUGUGACCUGUCCAACAGUGAACUGGUGAAGUCCUUCACUGAGAGCCUCAGGCGUUUGCCACCAAAAGAAAGAGAAUAUUUCUUGAAAUGGACUCAGAUCCUGAUUGAUGCCCUCUCUACAGAUGACCUUUCUUCAAUUCUCCAAGAUUAUGAUAAAACAUGGUCAGAAGUCUUGGAACUAAAGAGGAAACAUGACAAAUCUGCUAACUUCGAUGUCAAACAAGCUCAGCUUAAUAAGUUAUCAAAAAAGCUCCAAUCAGCAACUUUUGGUCUGGAACACAUCUUCAGAGAAAUGGGGCAGAUCUAUGAAGCACAUAAAUCUUUGAAAAAAUCAUCACUUGGCCAAUGGACUGAAUGGACUAAAUACCCUGAGCUGGCUGCAGAUCUGAUGAUAAAAGGACACCCAAUGGAGCUGAUGGAUGGUGAUGCUGGCCACGUGCCUUUAAUAUGGGUCUCCAGUCUUAUACAGGAAGUCAUCAACAAACUGGGAGACCAGCGAGUCUUUGUGCUGUCAGUUCUAGGCGUACAAAGCAGCGGGAAGUCAACAAUGCUGAAUGUCAUGUUUGGAUUGCAGUUUGCAGUGAGUGCUGGGAGGUGCACCAAGGGUGUUUACAUGCAGCUGGUUAAACUGUCAGAUGAAAUCCAGAAAGACUACAAGUUUGACUAUAUUCUAGUUGUUGACACUGAAGGACUACGUGCUCUUGAGUUAGCAGGCAACGCCACCAUUCAUCAUGACAAUGAACUUGCAACAUUUGUUGUUGGUCUGGGAAACAUGACCUUAAUAAACAUCUUUGGUGAGAAUCCAGCUGAGAUGCAAGAUGUCCUGCAGAUCGUUGUGCAGGCUUUCAUGAGGAUGAAAAAGGUCAAGCUUUCUCCAAGUUGUGUGUUUGUUCACCAGAAUGUCACAGAUAUUACAGCAACAGAGAAAAACAUGGAUGGAAAAAGACACCUGCAGGAAAUACUGGACAAUAUGGCUAAACUAGCUGCCAAAGAGGAAGGGUGUGAUGUUGAGUGCUUCAGUGAUGUCAUUGCAUUUGAUGUGCAAAAAGAUGUUAAAUACUUUGCUCAGCUGUGGGAGGGAAGUCCACCAAUGGCUCCUCCAAAUCCAGGGUAUAGUGAGAGUGUCCAAGAACUGAAGACCAUCAUCCUCUCCAAGGCUAAACCUUCUGAUGGGAUCCUUUUGUCACAUUUAAAUACCAAGAUUCAGGACUUGUGGAAUGCCUUGAUGAAUGAAAACUUUGUUUUUAGUUUUAAAAACACCCAAGAAAUUGCAGUUUACAGAAAGCUGGAGGUCCAGUAUGGGAACUGGACUUGGACCCUGAGGAGUGAAAUGCUGAACAUUGAAAACCAGCUUUAUCCCAAGAUUGAAAAGGGGCAGCUGGACAAAGCUGAGCUCAGUUACCUUUCCAAAGAAAUUAAAGAAACUUACAAAGCAGUAACAGACAGUAUAGGAGCUUACUUUGAUAAUGACAAAGACAAAGAAAUGCUGGUUCAGUGGAAGGGCCGAUUUGAGAACAAAAUUAGAGAGUUUCAUGAGGAACUCUUGAGAGGCGUGAAAAGAAAACUGGAUGACGUUAUCAGGCAGAAUAAAGCUCGAAAAAAGCUUGACAAAAAGAAAACUGAGUUUGAAAAUAAACUCUUCCAGAAGAUUUGCAACGGAAUUAAACCCAGAUGCAAAACCAGUUGA